GUUUUGCGACAGGCGGCCGAAGAACGUGUGGCCUUUGCAGGCUCGCUUUUCCGCGGGUGGCUGCGUGAGGCGCGCGCCUGCCGGCGCCAGUUCCUCUUGUUCUUCACUGCGAUCCCCGGCUCCUGAUCACGGUGGCGGCUCGUCUGUGGCGAGAGAGCGGGGCCGGGCCGGGCUCUGGCCUGCCCCGCAAGGUGACCUUGGUCGAGUCCCCUGUCGCGCCGACCCGCGGCGUGUGUUUUUGGCGCGGACCUGUUAGGGACUGGGCUCUGGAGCGGUUGAGGAUACAGACCUAGAGCGGCCCCACAGGCUGCCCCGUGUCAGGGGAACGGCCAGGCCGCCGGGGGCGGUAGGGAGGAGAUGCCCCUGCAUGUAAAAUGGCCAUUCCCCGCGGUGCCGCGGGUCACCUGGACCCUGGCCAGCAGCGUCGUCAUGGGCUUGGUGGGCACCUACAGCUGCUUCUGGACCAAGUACAUGAACCAUCUCACCGUCCACAACAAGGAGGUGCUGUAUGAGCUCAUCGAGAACCGAGGCCCAGCCACCCCCCUCAUCACUGUCUCCAAUCACCAGUCCUGCAUGGAUGACCCUCAUCUCUGGGGGAUCCUGAAACUUCGCCACAUCUGGAACCUGAAGUUGAUGCGUUGGACCCCCGCAGCUGCAGACAUCUGUUUCACUAAGGAGCUGCACUCUCACUUUUUCAGCUUGGGCAAGUGCGUGCCGGUAUGCCGAGGAGAUGGUGUUUACCAGAAGGGAAUGGACUUUAUUUUGGAGAAGCUCAACCACGGGGACUGGGUGCACAUCUUCCCAGAAGGAAAAGUGAACAUGAGCUCCGAGUUCCUGCGCUUCAAGUGGGGAAUCGGGCGCCUGAUUGCCGAGUGUCGUCUCAACCCCAUCAUCCUGCCGCUGUGGCAUGUCGGAAUGAACGACGUCCUUCCUAACAACCCGCCGUACUUCCCCCGCUUUGGUCAGAAAAUCACCGUGCUGAUAGGGAAGCCCUUCAGUGUCCUGCCUGUGCUGGAGCGGCUCCGGGCAGAGAAUAAGUCCACCGUGAGUUUCCCCAGGAUGUCCCCUGGCUGUCCUUGGCCCCUCCCAGCACCCUUGGCUCCCCAGGGCCCCUGGGUGAAGCUCCUUGAGGGCUGCAGGUCAGCCCCAGUCCUUCCCCUCAGGUGGAGAUGCGCAAAGCCCUGACUGACUUCAUUCAGGAGGAAUUCCAGCGCCUGAAGACCCAGGCCGAGCAGCUCCACAACCACCUGCAGCCUGGGAGAUAGGCACCGCCCUGCCCAGACCCUGCCCUGGCUGCCUCAUGGUCCUGUGACACGCGCCCCUGAAGCCUGGCGAAGAGGCAGCUCUGGGGCCCAGUCCGAGCUGCCAGGCUCCCAGCACCGCCUUUCGGUUCUUGCCCCUGCACACAGCUAGGGCUGGGAAAUGGACUGAUGCUUUGAGGUCAGAUAGGGUUUUUUAGACAGAUUUCUUCAUAACCCUUAAAGGGUACCCUCUCCUGGUUAGUGGGCAUUCCAGCUCCUCUGUGGUUCUUCAGUUGAAGGAAGGAUCACAGCUGCUCCUCGCUCUCGGCCACAAAGGGAGGAGGAAGUUUAGGCAGUGGCCUCCUUCCUUCUUGUGUUCUCUCCCAGGGCUGGCAUCUGGAGGGAGGGUAGUUGAAGUGAGGUGGAUGACUAGGCUGGAGCUUGGGGAGGGUCCCAUCAGGCUGUUGGCCUGGAGCUAUUCACCGCCUCAUCAGGGAUGGUCUUAGGCCACCGCUUCCUUCUGCCUGAGCUUCCCACAGGCCUUGGGAGCCUCAGGCAGAGCCCGGCCCUGGGCUGCAGGCAAAACGCAGCCCUUUGCCAGAGUGGAGCCUGCAGCAGCGAGGGCCUGAGACCUGGUCACUCCUCCCAUGCUGGGGCCCAUCAACUUCUCUGUCAUUUCUGUGUCCCUGGCAUCACUCCAGGGGUUGGGUUUCCAUGUUUUGUAAACA